UUUUAUUUAUGAUGUAAUUUGAGCUUAUCCGUAGAGGAAUGUGCAAUGUACUCAUGGUGAAGGGGUUAUGUUAUACAAACGUUAAAAUAUUACAUACUUAAAAAUUUUUAAUACUUGAUUGAUUUGACGACCAAAUGACGUCAGUAAUCAAUGAAGUUUGUGUUAUAAGAUAACAAUGACCACAUUGUGAUAUAAUUGAGAGGUAUUUGCACAAAUGUAUACUUGUGCAUACAAGUAGCACAAGUACACAAUAUAUAUUUUUAAGAAUAAAAUGAGUCUUACAAUGAUUCAUAGGCUUGUGAUAUCAAGCUGUAGGAAUAAAGUUGCUAUUGACGCUAGCUGGAAGAUUAUACCAAACUUGAGUGUUCUGCAAAGGAAGACAACAGUGCAAACGGACACAUGCACAAAUCACAAAAGAUUUUUCCACAAUCCUAUAAUUUGUCCGCAAAAAAAUCAAUUGAAGGACACUGUCAUAGAGAAUAUAUCUACGUUAAUAAUAAAAAACAGACCAUCUAGAAGGAACAGGACUAUAAUAAAUAAUGAUAAGAUACCAAAGCCUAACACAUGGAAUGUAAAAGCUUUAGCCACUGCGGAGGAGUAUAAUUUGGAAGCUUUAGCCUAUGGCCUGUUGAAUCAGCAGUUGUACAUUCCAAGUGAAAUAUCUACUUCCACUAAUUUGCGGAACUUGGCUUGAAAAGAUGCAUAAAGAUGAGCAAGCAAUGAAACUGCCUAUCUCGUUGGACCUGCCAAAAAAUGAAUUGGAAG